GUGAGAGAGAGAGCAAGAGAGAGAGAGGGAUAAGUUUACACAGCCAGGCCUGAGGAAUCAGAAGUCCAUGUUCAAGGAAGAAGUGUUGGAUCUGACAGGUGUUUACGACAAACCACGUGAGGGUCAUGUUUACUUCAGAGGCUGUGGCAAUGUGAAACAAGAAAAGACUAUGAAGGGCUUUCCAUACAGAGAUAUACUUUUAAACCAGACUGCUGCUAUACACAUAGAUACCAUGGAAAAGACAGUCUGAGGGAACUGACAGCAGCUGAGAAACUUUGGAGAUAAGUGAAUGAGGCAUUUUCAAUAUUUACUACUGAGGUACCGGCAGCAGCACUGUUCCAGUGCCAGAGAAGGAGUGCAUCAUGAUUGCCACAGCACUGCGCUGGCUCAUCCUGGUUUUUUUUAUCAUUCUUACCAUUGGUGGUAACGUGCUGGUGUGUUUGGCUGUAGGAAUGAGCCGUCGACUAUGGAGAAUUGCUAACUGCUUCGUGGUUUCGCUGGCAGUGACAGAUCUCCUCCUUGGCCUACUGGUGCUUCCCUUGUCCGCCACUGUGGAGCUGCGCAGCGGGGAAUGGCCAUUUGGAGGAGUCCUGUGCAACAUCUACAUUUCAUUAGAUGUCAUGCUGUGCACAGCCUCCAUCCUGACCCUCCUGGCAAUCAGUGUGGACCGAUACCUUGCCAUUUCAGCACCCCUUAGCCACUCCCGGAGAGUUACACCACUAAGGGUGACACUGGCUAUCAUUGCCAUCUGGGCCAUGUCACUAGCUGUGUCUGUUCUGCCUAUACACUUGGGAUGGAACACACCAGACUACAGGGUUCAAAACUUAGACUGGGCCACGGGAGGAAAUGAGAAAGAGGGCUACUACUGUCAGUUUGGAUGGAAUAACAACUAUGUUCUUCUUUAUGCCUUUGGCUCAUUUUACCUGCCUCUGCUGGUUAUGUGUGGAAUGUAUCUUUGCAUAUUCAGGAUGGCACGAGAACAGGCAAGGCGAAUUCGUGCUACCAUGCCAUCAUUUGCACGUACAGCAACUGCAGUGGUAGCCCGAGAGCACAAAGCUACAGUGACCCUGGCUGCAGUACUCGGGGCUUUUGUCAUCUGUUGGUUCCCUUACUUCACCUACUUCACCUGGAUUGGAAUGAAGGAAAAAACAAACCCACCUAAUACACUUCACUCCGUAGUCCUGUGGUUGGGUUAUUUUAACUCUACCCUUAAUCCAAUCCUUUAUCCAGCCUUUAACAGGGAUUUCCGCAGAGCCUACGGAGAGCUGCUUCACUGCAAAAGAUUAUAUCGGAGAAAACUGCAUCUUAACGGUGUAAAUAAGCGAUUGACCUUUACUAAUGGACAAAGACUCUCUCAACAGUGUGAGGGACAGAUAGACAUACAUUAAAAAAACACAGAGGAGAAGAACCUCACGCUACAAAUGGGAAAUGGUAUUCCUGAUGAGCCAAGAUGAAAUGCUAUGGAUGUUGUCUCACCAAUAGACUCUAGAGUGGCAGCGAAAUAUUGCUUACUACUACUCACUUACUCAAAGUACCAGAUUAGCCAAUAAUUUACACUGUCGCUCAUUUGUAGAUAGUGCCAAAGUUUGUGCAAUUCCAGGCACAGUACAAUAAAUGUUACAUAAAAGUUUUAUUAAUGAUUAAUAACACUGUUAUUGGAAAAUAACAGAAAUCUUUACAUGUUUAUUUCAAGGUGCACAUUUUUCUUUGAUUAUAAUAGUGUUGAACUAAGAGAGAAGUAUUGAAAUGUAAGUUUUUUACAGUAGGCUUCAGUGUAGAAAAGUGGAUCUGAAUAGAAUAAAUAGAUGACUCAGUAAGCUUCCCAGAAAGCUCCACGGAGACAAGUGUAGUUAAAAGUUUGCAAGUUGUUUAUUUUUAAACCCUCCAGCCCUGCUAUUCAAAGUAAAUAAGUCACCAGCAAGUUCAUUUGAUAUGUACAAUAUGUGUAUGAACCCAAAAAGGACAAACAGAAGGACUUCCUGGACACUUUUACAGAUUAACUGCAGUUGAACAAGAUAUCCUUUUUUUUAAAUAAAUAAAUUAUCAGUUAAGCUAUGAUAAAGACCAGCUCUUUUCUAUUAUCCCAGUGGACAUGCGCUUCAUCAUUAUAGCUAUGCUGCCUUUAUGUAUUGUAAAUAGAUCAACAGCCAUUAUAACCAGAUGUGAAACUUGUGCACAGUGAUGAUAUAGACUACUGUGAAAGUCAAAUCUAAGUAAAUCUAAGCAAACUUUAUCAUUUUUGCUUA